AUGAGCACCCACGCAAUUGCAACUCCGGGAAGCACAGCUGGCCACCAUGCCCUCACUGAGGUAGCUGAGAAGUUGGUAAAGAACCUGCAGGUUCCCCAAGCUGAGCAAGGUCCUCACCUGGACAAUUGGUUCAACAGAGAAGCCUACGACCUCAACGGACAACUUUCCUACUUUGGGUCCCUAGAUUCCGCCGAGAAUUUCUCUCAACUCCUCAAACGAUACUUCAUGCGGUUCAGCAAGUUGACGGUUAUUAUGAAAGAAGGGCCUACGGCAGCACAAUGGGCGAGUGCGAAUCCAUCUCUUUUGGGGCAGGCAUUUCCAGAGAUAUUACACAAUGGGGACAGACGGGCAGACAUUGAGAUAUAUCAACGAUUCAACCGACGCGACACUCCUGAGGCAGAACUACUCGAUUACUUGGGCACCCUGCUUCACGAAAUGGUUCACACAGUUCUCGAUAUUACCCCACCGGAUCCUACCAUAUGGAGCGAUAGGUCUUUUGAUACGGGACACGGCCACUCUGGACACGGUCUGCCUUGGCUGAAAGUGGCUGCGGCUGUUGAGCAGUUCGCGACAAGUACUCUAAGGCUCCCAGUUUCACUCGGUCUUCGUACUGAACUGUGGUACGAGUUGCACGACAAUGGAAUCAGCAUAGAGGAGAUAGAUUUCUCACAGAUGAAUAUGGUCAAAAUAGACUUCAUCUCUUAUGUGUUGAGGUUGAGCGGCGUACCGGCCCACGAAUGGAAUUGGGUGGAUCCAAAGUUACCUCCUCCUCCCACCCAAUCUUCUCUACCCAUUCAACAGCCUCCUCUACCCAUUCAACAACCUCCUCUACUCAUUCAACAGCCCCCUCCACCCAUUCAACCUCCUCUACCUCCGACUCAAAAUAAUGAUUUAGAGGAGGAUCUCAGCGGUGACGAGAUGGGCGAGACGGACGAACAAGAGUAUUCAGGGGAAGACGCAAGCGAAUACGAGGACAUGGCGGUGGAUUCGACAGACGGCGGUGAUGUUGACGAAUCAGGCGAUGAAGGAAUACUAGAUCAUUGA